UGAAACACAGGGAUGUAACAUGUUUUAGUGCGUCGGUUGUUUUUGCAAUUUUGUAUAAGAACCAUUGCUUGGAGGGACUUCUUUUUUCCACUCUCACCUCACACAUCACUUUGCAUGAGUCAACAUGGCGACGUGCAUCCCCUUCCAAACCCAGUUAUCCUCAAUAAUGGAGGUUUUGGUUAAAGCAGCAGUGGCAGAGAUCUCCAAACUAGUCGAUGACAAAUGUGCAUUUUUGCAUCUGGAAAUCUCUCGAAAGCAAGGAGAAAAUGAUAUGCUGCAGAGGAAAUUACUCAUGAUGGAGAACAAAAACGCACAGCUGCAGCGAGGCUUUGAAAACUAUAUGGACCGAGGGACUGAUGUGGGGAACUGUCCGCAUCCUACUGGAGAUAUUAAGUUCCCCGAUAUUGACGACGCCACUGUUUCGUUCACAAUUAAAGAGGAAAGUCCAGAUGAGAUGCUGUGGAUCAGCGAUUCUGCUGGAACGAUCCGUUCUGCUUUACAAUACCGCCAUCCAGCUAAUCCAGCUAAUGCUCCGGAGAGCCAGCGGGUUGAGGAGGGCCGUCAGUUAAACCACUCAGAGGUCGCCGCGAGAAAAGCGUCAGAGUUCGGAGACCUGUACGACUCUGGUCAGCAUGCAGGAGACAUCGGUGGCCCCCAGUUCACCGUCAAGACGGAGAAGGAGGAGGACCGAUCUGGAUUCAGUCAGGACGGAUGCCAGCACGUCCCGGGGAAGCAGACUCAACUUGCUGCUGACUUUUCCAUGGAUGAAAGAGAGAAUCAGCUCUGGUCGUCCAUAAUUGAAGGUGACGACAUUGAUGCCGGUUUCCCUGACUUUUCUAGCGUGGUGGAGGAGUACGACAACACGUUUCCGGACCAUUCUGAUCCUCACGUGGCGUCUAAGUCUGCCGGCGUCCAGCAGCUGUCCUCUCAGAGGUCGUGUAACGGGAUCUACAGCAGCGACGCUCCACAGUCGUCCGGUUUUCAACCCAGACCUCAGGGAGGCCUGUCGCAGCAAGACCGGCCGAAGGAGCAGGUUUACUCUCAGAGAAACGCCUCACAUGCUGCACAUCCAGAUGAAAACUCUGAGAGUGAGACAGGAGCCGCAGACAGACCGGUCGUGAGUCACUCGCACAACACUUUCACAUCAGGAAGCUUCCAUCCACACAAAGCGCUCUCCGGCACGUCACGGGGCUACGCCUGCUCGCACUGCGGGAAGACCUUUAGUCGUCUCCACCAGUUCAAGCUGCACCAGCAGAGCCACAAGAGGAAGCGGGCGUUCUGGUGCUCGGUGUGCGGGAAGAGCUUCCAGUGCUCGUCCCACCUCAGCAUACACCACCGGACGCACACGGGCGAGAAGCCGUACGGAUGCGGACAGUGCGGCAAGAGGUUCACGCAGCAGAGCAGCCUGAGGGUCCACCAGCGGACACACAGCGGGGAGCGGCCCUACAGCUGCUCGCUGUGCGGGAAAACCUUCAUCCUGAUGCACCACUUGAAGCGGCACAGAAUCAUUCACACAUACAGCUGAAGGCGGAGACGUUCGCGGUGAUGAUGCUCAGGUGAAAAGACACAAAUGACCCUCAAAACCAAACCUUAAAAGCCAGUGAGCCUGCUUUUUUUUGGGUUUGGAUUGCUCACAGACUUUGUAUAUUAACGCAUAUCCUGCUAUGCAAAAUCCAUCUGGAUGGAUUUUAAGAUGCUUGCUCCAUUUUUUUUUUUUUUUUUUAAAUAUACUUAUGAUUAUUAAAACGUCAAACUGAAUUGCAUCCUCAAACAGAAUUCACACAGUAUUUUUUCAGACACCGUCACAGCUAGAAAUCCAAAAGAACAAUGUCCAAAAUAUCUUUUAAAGAAAAAUCCUGCAUAUUUCCUCGAACAGUUUCCUGCAUACUGAUCUUCGUUAGUUCUGGCUCCUCGUGUAGGAAAUAUGCCUUACUUCAUCCCAGCCCUGUAGAAGCACAACAUGCUCAUUAAGCCCAUUAACGCCCCCCUUUAGCAGUCACAAGAGGGCUUUCCAUUCAGAGCCAGUGGGGUACCUCUCAUGGUUCAUGUUUUGAUGUCAACAUUGGUUAAAAACCUGCGUGACUAUUGGUCCAAGUUGAUUUUUUUUCCAUAAAACGUAUCCCCCAAAAUCCUUUUGCCAUUUUGUUAUGAUUUAUAUUAAAGGAUCAUCUAAGUGAGCAGCUGGAUUUUUUUGUUAUUCUUGCGUUGAUGAGGUUAUCACUCACUGUACUCAUUUCAAAAAAUUAGACCUAGAAAACUUGAAUACUUCAAUGUCCCCUGAUUGGGCAGUUUGUGGUACAGCACAGUCAACAAAAACACAACAUAGACACCAAUUAAAACACAGAACAACAGAGACAACAACAAUAGUUCAUCAAGAUGCACAUACAUCAACGUACAUCCUCCGGACCCUGUGUACUGUACCCCAGCCGGUAAGGUCGGGUUAUUCUAUUGACCCGGUUGGCUCUGAUCUUAGGAUAUCUGUAUCAACGACCAGAGCGAAGUGUCUGGAUUUCCACUGAAAGCGGAUGAGAUGUUUCCAGGCAGAUCUUCCCACAGGUCUUAACAUUUUUCAUUUUUUUUAAGUCUUUAAAGUCAAAUGGCUGAUUUGUAA